AUGUUCUCCAAAGUCCUCGUCUUUGUCCUCGCUGCUGCCGCCACCGUCAGCAAUGCCACUCCCACUCCCACCACUCCCGACGAGGUCACUCUCACCAAGCGUUCCUUCACGUCGAACCAGCUCACGGGUGCUUUCACCGGUAAACCCGAGUCCGGCAUCGGUUCUUGGUAUCGCUCGAACAACGCGCAGGACCAAACAAACGGUAAAAGUUGGUGCGGGUACGCAUACUCGGAUGACAGCCCUCUCUUCGCUCCAGCUCUGAGCAGGAUGUCGUCGGACAGCGCGACGUAUUCCAGUGAUGAGGCCGGAUGGCGUAAGGCCACAGAUUAUUAUUGUGGCCUGGAGGCGAACGUGACGAACCCGACCAACGGAGUCACCGCGCUGCUCUACAUUGGGGAUUCGUUCGCCUCUCCUCGUACCCCCGGCUCCAUUGAUGUGAUGAUCGAUUCCUGGCAGCAUCUCUAUGGAAGUGCGACGAGCGACAAAAAUAUCGUGAUACUGUCGUGUGACGGGUUCUGCAAUCGGAUUGCAUAACCUGUCCCUUUACACAUUUCCCCCCACGAAAAUAAUUAUGAAGGCUCGGGAUACGUUCUAUGGCAUGUAAAGACAUGCCCUGAAU